AUGCUACAUUAAAAUAGCUCAGAUAAACAUAAAAAAUAGAAAUACAUUCUUAACUCACCUAAAUUAUCUAUUGGAAUGUUUUCGAAUUAGCAAUCAGUGAUCUCUAAAUUGAUUUCUUCAAAAAUCAAAGGGAAUAUACAAUAAUAAAAUAUAUCUAGGACCACGUGCGAAUUUAGAGCUGCAACUCCCAUUUCUCCACCAAAAUCCUAAUCUUUUUCUAAUAAAUUUAACUAUAAUAGCCUUUCCUAACUUUCAAGGGUUAAUAGCAAUUGCAAUCUAGAUAAUAUUCAGUAGGAUUAAAAUAAACAAGAUGAGACCAAUGCUGAGUUAGGAGAUGUCAGCAUUAGGCUAAGAAACAACGAUGAGGAUGUAAUCAACAAGGUGUAGAAGAAUCUCAAGUCAAUAGGAGAAUAAAUUAAUAAAAAAAAAUGUAGUUAAAUUAAUUCCUUUCUAUUGCUUUCAUGGCAAAAGCAAUUAAAUUAAAAUUGCGAAAAAUUAAUCAAAGCUCUAUCCUUGCAAUUGAAUUCUUCCCAAAACUUUUAUAAACCAUCUUUUCAUUAUGAAUCCGUGAUCCAAUUACAAAAAUAAUUGAAUGAAGAAAAGAAAAAUAGACUAUUGGUUGAAGAAUAGACCAGCAAAAUUAUACAGAGUCAAGAAUAAUAAAUCAAAUAAUAUGUAUACUUCCUUCAUUAUUUAAUCUAGAUUAUUACCAUUCAAAUGCUUGAACAAGAACUCAAUCUUAAGGAAUGA